AUGGAUAGCUUGUUGAAUUGGUAAUUCAUCCUUGUUCCAUCAGCCCCUAAACCUCACCAUACUCGCCUCGGUUUUUCGCUGCGAUUCUUCGUCUCCAUUCCUCGUUCAGUCGGUGGGUUUUCUGAAUCUUCGAUUAUAUUCUAAUUCCGAUUCGAAUUUGUGUUCCAGAGGCAGGGUUUUGGAGUUUUGAGUUCCUUUGAUCAUCUCUUCGCUUAAGAGCGAAUUUGGUAAACUAUGGGUUCGGAACAGAACGAUGGCACAAGCUACCAGCCAUCGGAGCCGAAGAUCUGCGCGAACAACUGCGGCUUCUUUGGUUCUGCCGGUACUGAGAAUCUCUGCUCUAAGUGUUACAGAGACUCUCGAAUUGAAGCAGAGCAAGCGGCUUCGGCAAAAGCAGCGAUGGAGAAAUCCCUUCAGUCGAAAAUCUUAAAGCCGUCUGAAGGUAAUUCUCCGGUCGUUUUCACCGAAUCACCGGUGGAAUUAGCUUCAUCGACAUCGUCCACUGGAAUUCCCUUCAGCAGUUCCAACAAAUCGCCGUUGCCGGAUGUUCCUAACCGGUGCCGGAGCUGCAAUAAGAAGGUGGGAUUGAUGGGGUUCAGGUGCAAGUGCGAGAGAACAUUCUGUGGGAUUCAUCGGUACCCAGAGAAACACGACUGUUGUUACGACUUCAAAAGUAUUGGGCGGGAGGAGAUCGCCAUGGCCAAUCCUGUGGUGAAGGCCGACAAGGUCGAAAGGUUCUGAGUAGGGAUUUGGUAUGGAAGUGGGUAAAUUCUUAGUGGGUUUGUUGCUAUGAUUCAUCUUCUGGGUUCUAUUUUGCGUCUGUUUGUCUGGGCUGGUUGGGUUCACGGUGGAUUUGGGGAAGCUCUUUGCUUGGUUUGCUGGAAACUUAGCUACUAUGAUCAAUAAUAUGCAGUUUGAUUCCUUGCGAUUCUGGUUUCGUUUU